AUGGAGGAGGAGAUGCAGCCAGCAGAGGAGGGGCCCAGCCUCCCCAAAAUCUACAAGCAGCGGAGCCCUUACAGCGUCCUCAAGACCUUCCCCAGUAAGAGGCCAGCCUUGACCAAGCGGUACGAGAGACCCACCAUGGUGGAAAUCCCUCCGGUCAGGGCAGCUGCAGGAGGGCAGCAGCCCCACUUUCAGCAUCCUCCUGCCUCCAUCAGCAGCAGCGAGCAGCAUCCUCAGUACCAGGCGCAGAGCUCCUAUCCGAACGGGCCCGGCCGAGCCGCCGCCGCCGCCUCCUCUUCCUCCCCCUCCUGCACCCCAGUCGUGUCCCAGGGCCACCUGAGGACUCCAGUUCCUCCGCCUGCUCCCCUUGCUUCCUCUUCCGCAGCGGCCGCGGCCGCAGCGGCCGGGGUCCCCAGGUACGGAGCCAGCCAGGCGGCGGCCGCGGGCAGCAGCAGUAGCAGCAGCAGCAGCAGCAGCGAGGGAAGCAGCAACGGCGCCGGCGGCAGCCUGGAGCUCAGCGCAGAGAGCCGUAUGAUCCUGGAUGCCUUUGCCCAGCAGUGCAGUCGGGUUCUUAGCCUUUUAAACUGUGGAGGAAAACUUUUGGACUCCAGCCAUUCUCAAUCCAUGAUUUCUUGUGUAAAGCAGGAAGGUUCGAGUUAUAGUGAAAGACAAGAACAGUGUCAGAUUGGAAAAAUUGUCCAUAGUCAGACAUCAGACAAUUUAGACAUUGAGAUGCAAUAUAUGCAAAAGAAACAGCAAACCUCUGCCUUCUUGAGGGUUUUUACAGAUUCCCUACAAAAUUAUCUGCUUUCUGGGAGCUUUCCAUCUCAGAACACAUCAUCCGUAAAUGAUUACAGCCAUCUGGCAGAUGUGGACCCUCUUUCAACCUCCCCAGUUCAUACUUUAGGUGGAUGGACCUCCCCAGCCACUUCUGAAUCUCAUGGCCAUCCAUCAUCUUCUACACUCCCAGAAGAGGAAGAAGAGGAAGAAGGGUACUGCCCUCGGUGCCAAGAGCUGGAACAGGAAGUCAUUUCACUACAACAAGAAAAUGAGGAACUCAGAAGAAAACUGGAGAGCAUCCCAGUACCCUGCCAGACGGUCUUAGAUUAUUUGAAAACUGUCCUUCAGCACCAUAACCAGCUCAUGCUACCACAGCCAGCAGAUCAGCCCACAGAGGGAAGCAAGCAGCUGUUGAACAACUAUCCUGUCUACAUCACUAGUAAACAGUGGGAUGAGGCGGUAAAUUCUUCCAAGAAAGAUGGGAGGCGGCUACUUCGAUACCUCAUCAGAUUUGUUUUUACAACCGAUGAGCUUAAGUACUCAUGCGGCCUUGGAAAAAGGAAAAGGUCAGUGCAGUCAGGAGAGACAGGUCCUGAAAGACGUCCUCUGGAUCCAGUUAAAGUAACAUGUCUCAGAGAGUUCAUUAGAAUGCAUUGUACUUCCAACCCGGAUUGGUGGAUGCCAUCAGAGGAGCAAAUAAAUAAAGUAUUCAGUGACGCAGUUGGCCAUGCCCGGCAAGGACGAGCUGUGGGGACUUUCCUACAUAAUGGCAGCUCAUAUUAUGAAGGGAUUGAGCAUCAGCUUUCACAGGAUGAAGUCCUCAAUAAAGGUUCACAGGAUUCAGCUGGAGAUUGA